UCGAAAAAAAUGUUGUCCCGCUAUUCGUCAAUAUUAUACUUAAAUAUUGUAAGUAAUUGGAUCAAUUUCCAAGAGGCCGGUAAAAGGCAGUGCUGCAUUUGCAAUAGUAUUCGAUCGCCCGUGCGGUCAGCGCCUCGACUCUGCGGCACGUAGGUGUUGUGCUGCUUAUAAAAGCGGUAUCAAUUAUAUAUACACAUAAUGCAUGACUCGUAUCGUACGCGAGCACUUCCGUACUAGCGCAGUUCUUUCUGCAAUCUGUUGGGCCGCAAUGGUAAAUGUGUUCGGAGUCGGCUCAGCGCUCGGUCUUUGCUGCUCGCUGCCUGCACACAUUGAAUCAGCCAGCUCGGGCUACUUACACAGACGUUGCUCUGUCCAUUGAUCAUUUAGCUCCCCGUAACAGUCGGUGAAAUCCUUUAGGCCGCUCAGUGUAUACGCUAUUUAAUCAUAAUAAUCAUAAUACCGCGUACGAAACGUCGUCGUUCGUGUUCUUCGCUCGAGUAUUGUUUGUUGAAAAUUGACCAAGAAAAAUGUGUAAUCGUCGAGCAAUCGACAAUACUGUUUGUAUAUGACUUGUGUUUAUUUGCCUCAAAUACGAUACAAUGAAAAAUGCGCUGCUUUCAUUUGAGACAAGAUAACUUUUGAAAGUUCCAAAGACUAAAAAGUCCACUCUACAUGCAGUAUCACUAAUGCUGAAAAAUGGAAUAAAAGAUUGUACUUAAAUUACUGUACUUAUUCUUGAAUAAUUUUUAGUUACAAGUCACAACGCAAAAAUGUCUGUUUUUCCAUUUAAUGAAAAACAAAUUCAACAAUUGAGCACCAGCAUUGCCAAAGCUGUAAAUCCUUCAGAAACUCGAGUUAAAGAAAAACAUGUGCGCAUUGCAAUCAUUGGUACGUAUAAAGAGAAAGGUGCUACAAUAUUUUGGACAUACAUUUUACGCCAGCAGUUACAAGAACAUAGAAUUGUGGCAUGGAAAUUUUGUCAUGUUUUACACAAAGUUUUAAGAGAAGGACACCCCAGAGUCAUAAAUGACUCACAACGCCAUAGAGGAAAAUUAGAGGAUAUCGGUAAACUCUGGCAGCAUUUGAAAGAUGAAUAUGGACGGUUAAUACACUUAUAUAUAAAGUUACUCAUAACAAAAUUAGAUUUUCAUAGACGUAACCCACGAAUGCCUGGUAAUCUUCAAGUUACUAGUGAAGAACUUGAGGCAAUAGGUGAAAAUGAUAUAAAUAUUUAUUUUCAAAUGACUGUUGAGAUGUUUGAUUAUAUGGAUGAUAUUAUAAAUCUGCAACAAGCUGUCUUUGGUUCGCUUGUCCUACCACGCUCUAAUUCAAUGACGCCAUGUGGACAAUGUAGACUUGCUCCUCUAAUACCUUGCGUUCAAGAUGCAUCAAAAUUGUAUGAUUAUUGUGUAAAAAUGUUAUUUAAACUUCACAGUGCGCUACCAGCUGAUACUUUAACAGGUCACAGAGAGAGAUUUCUUAAACAGUUUCGAGAUUUGAAAGAUUUUUACAAUACUGUGAUGCAUAUGCAUUAUUUCAAGCAUUUAAUUACCAUACCAUCAUUACCAGAUAAUCCACCAAAUUUUUUGAUACAAUCAGAGUUGAGAACUUAUGUAACUCCUGUGGUAAUUUUACCCCCUGAAGAGCCUAUUGACACUGAAGGUACUUUAAUAGAUACAUCAGAUACUUCAUCACUGGCAGGAGAUCAAAAUGGUUCAACUAACAAUGGGUCUAUAUCACCAGAUGCUUUAGUGGAACGGGAUAAUCUGAUCAAACAUUUUCAUCAAGAAAAUGCCAGACAACGACAAGAGUUACAACAUUUGAUGACUGAAAAUCAACAAGUAGUAGGAGAUUUAAGAAGUCGCAUACUGGAAUUAGAGGCAAUUCUUUCAACAAAAGGUAAUGAAAUGUUACAAGAGAAGAAAAAUGCUGAAAAUUUUGAAAAACAAAAAGAAGAAAUGAUGAUUCAACUCAAGUCAGCUGAAGAUAGGGGAAAACUACUGGAGGAAAAAUUCGAAAAAUUAAAAAUUAUAUAUACCAAAUUGCGUGAAGAACAUAUUACAUUAAUAAGAAAAAAAGCUGAUGUAGAUAAACUUCUUGGAAGUACAACAUUAAAAUUAGACCAGUCUAAUAGAAAAGUUCUAGAAGUUGAACAAUCCUUAGAGGAACUAAAACAAGGCCAAGUUUCCGUUGAACAAGAAGCACAAAGAGUUUCUCAGGCGAGAACAGACUUGGAAAAAGUUAGGAAAGAAUUUGAUGAAGUUAAAAGUGAAAAUUUGAGCCUUUUAUCAAAAAUAGAUUUUAUGACUUCUCAAAAAGCCGCUGCUGAAGGAGAUUUACAAGAUUUGACUUCUCAAAAAGAAGAGUUAGAAAUGAAAAUCGUAACAUUAAAAACAGAAUCCGAACGUUCUCUAAUUCAAGCAAGAGCUGAUUCUGAAUCAUUAAUGAAAGAAUUACUUUUAAAGUGUCUCAUGGAAGCCGAGGCAAUUUUACAAAACGUUAUGCAUGUUAUUGAUAAUCCUGCUGUAUCAGCGGUCACUUGUACUCUCGAAUAUCUUGGAAGUCUAGUAAAACCAACUGACGAAGCAUUAAUUGAACUAAACUCUACAUAUAGAAACUUCAUAAAUAAUCAACUGCUAAGAAAAGAAAUUAUCCAUAGUGCAAUCCAUACUGCAUAUACUCUUGCCACUUAUAUAAUGUUGGUUAAAUUUACAUCAAAUACUUCAAAAGAUAUUAGUAUUGGAGAUCGAUUAACGGAUGAGUGUAAACAACUUGGAUCACAAGGCUUAAUUAUGUUCACUUACAUGAAAGAAACAUCACCAUCAACAGAAGAACAAAUAAAAUUUGUCAGAAAACAAUUAGCAAAAAUUGCAGAACUAUCUGACACUUUACUGGAGACUCAAGGUAAUGCUGAAGUAAUCGGCGAUCUAGUAGAAGAUGAAUUGAUGAGCAUGGAUAAGGCUAUCGAAGAAGCUGCUUUGAAAAUUCAGGAAAUGUUAGAUAGAUCUCGCGCUGCUGACUCUGGAGUUAAAUUGGAGGUCAAUGGAAAAAUUUUAGAUUCAUGCACAGAAUUAAUGAAAAGCAUUAGAAAUUUGGUGAAAAAAUCCAGAUCUUUACAAAUGGAAAUAGUAGCCCAAGGAAAAGGGACAGCUUCAGCUACAGAAUUUUAUAAAAGAAAUCAUCAAUGGUCAGAGGGUUUAAUUUCAGCAGCUAAAGCUAUAGCAAUGGGAGCUAAUUUUUUACUAGAAGCUGCUGAUAAGGUAGUGUCUGGUAAUGGAAAAUUUGAACAACUUGUUGUAGCUUCUCAAGGUAUUGCAGCUUCAACUGCCCAACUGGUUGUUGCUAGUAGAGUUAAAGCUGAAAGAAACAGUACAAACCUAAAUGCAUUAUCAGAAGCUUCUCGAUUGGUUACACAAGCAACAGGAAGUGUUGUUGCAACUGCUAAGAGUUGUAAUCAACUUAUUGAAGAUAAUGAAGAUAUGGAUUUUUCUGGAUUAAGUUUGCAUCAAGCCAAGAGGCUAGAAAUGGAAGCCCAGGUGAGGGUUCUAGAACUGGAACAAGCUUUGGAAUCCGAAAGAUUGAAAUUAUCGGCUUUACGAAGACACCAUUACCAAAUGGCUGGUGAAUAUGAAAGUUAGGUGCAUAUUCAAAUAUUUUUUAAUUAUCGAUAUACAUUAUUACCCACUACUUAAGACAUUUUUCUUUUUGUAUCAACCAAAUUUGUGGUUUUUCGAUUAUUUCUAUUGAAAAGUGGGUUCUCAUUAUUUUUUGGAGCCUUUACAAUCAACAAAUUGACAGUUAAAUUAGAAUCAAAUUAUGAAUAUGUUAUAAAUAAUUUGUACAACUCUCACUAUUUUUAUAAAAAUGACGCACUGCGGUUUUCCUCUUUGGAUAAUUUUGUGGAUUGACCUCCAAUUUUUAUUUUUCUGAACGCACUCUUAUCAAUUCCCGUGAUUCUUAAAUAACUGUUAUAUAGAAUUGACAGUAGAAUAUAAAAUGUCAUUCGAUCGGUUACCUGCUAUAUGAAAUCUUAGCACACUUGAUUUACCUAUGACAAAGAUUAUAACUUUCUUAUGCAAAAAUACUUUUUUGUAAAAAAGAUAUAUAACAAAAUAUUGAGUGAAAAAUAUAGACUUGUGGAUGUGUUCAAUACAAAUCUUCGAACCGAUUGUGCUACAAAAUAUUAAAAUAUCUAUUUUUAAAAGCUUACGAAAAUAUCGAUGUAUAAAACCUAAUUGUUGUUAUCCUCAAGAUUAUUUAUUUUUGCAUAUUUUGAUAAAAAUUAGUAUAUACAUAUUUUGAUAGUGUAUUUGUGUCGCGAUGAAUUAGUUCUAAACAUUUAAACCGACGAUUUUUGACUUUUCAAAAACAAAUUUAGAUGUUUGAACCCUGUAAUGAUGGCUCAUGGUGAUUAUAAAUAAGUCUUUGCUUUAUCUAAAACAAAUAUUUAUUUGACUGCACAUCACAAAUUAUACAUUCUAUUAGUUUAGAAUAAAGAGUUAGUACUUGCAAUAUCUUUUUAAUAGUGUUUUUAAAGUUACUUAUUUCAAAGGAGUGCCUUUCAUGUCAUUUGAAACUGAACAAAAGUGCUAUUAGCGUUUUCGCAACCUAAUUUUUGAAUGCAUAAAAAAAUUAAAUCGAAUUAUAAGAAAAGUUGAACGAAUUCCGAACGUGUAUUUUCACAAAGUACAUUUACAAAUACUAAAUAUAUAUACUAUUAUAUAUAACUAAUUUAUAGUAAAAAAGUUCUACUUAUAACUUUUUUCAAUGAUUUUUCACGGAGCCGUCAACGAAAAAUGUAUAGUACGAGUCUCAGAGAACAUAACAUUAUAAAGUUUUCACUUUGACUACAGCAUCUUUUUGAUAAAUCUUCGUAUUAAUAAUUAUGUGAACUAAAAUGUAUCAAUCAAUAGUAAUUUAGUAAACAAACCAAUUUUAUUAUUUCAAUCUAUUUUAUAAUUGAUUAUACAGUAUAACAAUAUAUACAUACUGUUUGUGUUGUGAAUGUGUUUAUAUUUAUUGUUUCAUUUUGACUUAAAAAUUAAUUUUAUGCAGAAUCAUCUACCAAGCCCAAUAGUUCAACAUAAACUUAAUUUGUAUAUAUAGUUUUGAUAAAUAAUGCACUGAAAUUUUUGAGUUGAAGAACUGUUUCUCGAGAUAGUGUAAAAUUUGAUAAUUUGAGUAUAAGAAAUGAUUUGAGGGUAUCUCGAGUAAGGGUAUUUACACAGAUUUUUGCUUUUUUAUCUAUAUAAAAUAUUCCAGAAUUUUAAUUUAUAUUUAUCCUUUAUUAAGAAUAAUAGAUCUAUUUACAACUACUAUUUUCAGUUUAAAUACAAGUUACACUAAAGCAACAUCGUCUUUCAUAUAUAUAAUAUAUAUAUGUUUUUUAAUUAUUAAACAUAUGUUCAAUUCCUUGGAAGAACUAGAUAAUACAAUCGUUUUAGACCUACAAAUGCUUAAAAUCAUGGCGGCAGGAACUGGAUUAUAAUUAAAUAUGUACACCAAAUUCUGUUUGUUCAGUUUUAAAAUUAUAAAAAUGAUCGUGAAUGAUUGUUGAAACAUU